AUGACUGACUAUCCCAACUCCAUUGAUGACGAAUUUGAGGGAUGCAAAGAAGACAUGUACAAGCAGGUUCAGACGUUACUGGAUGAAGAGUUAAACUCCAAUGGGAAUUUCAUGGCUGCUUGGAAUAAGGCCAAAAGUCAUCGUUCAGUAAAAUCGUCAAAAUCAGCCUCUAAGUUAACAGAGAAGAAAUUGAGAGAUAAGCUGAAAAGGUUAGCCAUUCUAGCGUACACCGGGAGCCCUAUUCACCGUGAGCUUAAUGAUAAAAUGCGUGAGGGUAGAGGGACCUACAUGACCGGGUUUGGGUUGAUCUCUCUACACUUUCUGCUAACAGAUGUUAUCCAAACUCGCAAUGCUGAACAAUAUCUUCAGCACGAGUGCCGGAACACUUACCGUCGCAACAACAUUACAACAGAGAUAACAGGCCCCUCAGUGCGAUUCGGUAGUUUCGCUUCUUCUUCGCUCUUUCCUGACAAGACACACUUUGGAAGUGAGACCUGUUUCAUCAUCACUACAUGCUACGGUGCAGACAUAUCAAUGAUAUCAUGGUUUGGAGAUGGUGAGGCUGAAGUGCUGAUACCCCCAUAUGAAGUGUUUGAAAGCAAGCCUGUCACUAAUAUUCCACCAGAACUUAGUGACUGUAAGCGUGUUUAUAAACUGCACAGUGAACGUGACGACAGCAAACAUAAGAAGAGCAACAUGAAAUGUGAGUUUUUUAGGGGAAUGGCUGCUGCAGGGCCGAGUCACCCUGGCUGA